GCGCGCUCCACAACAGAGCCGAGUGGGUAGUUUAGGGCUUUGGUAGCGUGCGGGAGGUUUUUCUACCAGGAAAAGGAGACUCAAAUUCAACAGUGACUCAAAAUAAAAUUACACCAGAUCCAGAAUCUAGGACCCAAGCAUGAGGCAUCGCACCCUAACCUCCAGCCCGGCCCUCUGGGCCUCUAUCCCGUGUCCACGCUCUGAGCUGCGUCUGGACCUGGUUUUAGCUUCUGGACAGUCCUUCCGAUGGAAGGAGCAAAGCCCUGCUCACUGGAGUGGCGUGCUGGCAGAUCAAGUAUGGACACUGACUCAGACCGAAGAUCAGCUCUAUUGCACCGUGUACCGAGGAGACAACGGCCAGGUCAGCAGGCCGACCCUGGAGGAGCUGGAAGCCCUGCGCAAGUACUUCCAGCUAGAUGUCAGCCUGGGUCAGCUAUAUAGUCACUGGGCUUCUGUAGACUCCCACUUCCAAAGAGUGGCCCAGGAAUUCCAAGGUGUGAGACUGCUGAGACAAGACCCUACUGAAUGCCUUUUCUCUUUCAUCUGUUCCUCCAACAACAACAUUGCUCGCAUCACUGGCAUGGUGGAACGGCUGUGCCAGGCCUUUGGACCUCGACUCAUUCAGCUUGAUAAUGUCACUUACCAUGGCUUCCCAGACCUUCAUGCCCUGGCUGGUCCAGAAGUAGAGACUCACCUUAGGAAGUUGGGCCUGGGGUACCGUGCCCGCUAUGUAUGUGCCAGCGCCAAAGCUAUCCUCAAAGAGCAAGGUGGACCGGAUUGGCUGCAGCAACUUCGAGUGGCCCCUUAUGAAGAGGCCCAUAAGGCUCUCUGCACCCUGCCUGGUGUAGGCACCAAGGUUGCUGACUGCAUCUGCUUAAUGGCCCUUGACAAACCCCAGGCUGUGCCUGUGGAUGUCCAUGUGUGGCAGAUUGCCCAUCGUGACUACAGCUGGCAUCCUAAGACAUCGCAGGCUAAGGGCCCGAGUCCUCUGGCCAACAAAGAACUGGGAAACUUUUUCCGGAAUCUGUGGGGACCUUAUGCCGGCUGGGCCCAAGCAAUGUCCUAUGUGCUGCUCAUGACCAUGUUCAAAGCUACAAUCAGCCCCUCAAGACAUGUUUCUGCCCCUGGAUCCCUAUCAUGGUUAUGGUACCACUGUCCACUUUGUCCCUAACCAGGAGGUUGGGCAUCUUUGACGUCUCACUCCCUCGGUUGGUCUUGAACUCAAAGAUCUGCCUUGCCUCUGCGCACCACCACUGGCUUGGACGGAAAUGGUUUUUAACACAAGCCCCUAUGCAUUUCUCUGAAGCUUUGCUGUCCUACCUGUUCUCUACAAAGAGUAAGUAGGAUGUUUCAUUAUCAGAAAAAGACUUACAAGUUGUUAAGGUAAAAUAGCAGCCCAGCCUACCUUGUGUCCCUGUCUAAGCUAGAAUAAGAGGAGCUGGUUAGGAGGGUCACAAGUAGUUCAUUUUGCAAAUGGGAAGCUGAGGCUGAGAGGUACCCAAAGAGAGACGGAACCCCUCCUCCCUCUGGUGCAUAUAGUUCACUAGGCCCCUCAGAUCCCACCUUGAGAUCCCGGUGCACAAUGCCUAGGUCGUGCAGGUACUUGACAGCAUCCAGCACCUGGAAGAUGAGGCGGCUGGCAUCCCGUUCCGUGUAGAAUCCUUUCUCCACAAUUCGGUCAAACAGCUCUCCACCUGAAACCCUGCAGCAAAGGACCAGAAAGUGGCGGAGAGAGUAGGGCAUCAGGGAGAGGCAUGAAUGAGGGUGGGCAGACAGGCCACUCACAGCUGCAUGAUGAGGUAGAGGUGCCCCCCACUCUCAUAGAUGUCAUCCAGGGCUACAAUGUUGGGAUGCUUGAUCCUAAAAGGAGAGAUGAGGUGGUUCAAAGCUGAGGGUGAUGCACCUAUUCCCUGGCACCUGCAUCCAGGCAGGAACCAAGGUUCUGGAACCCACCGGGCAAAGAACAGCAAGCAAGCACUGGGCUCUGGUGUCAAACAGACCCGGGCCUGGAUAUGCUGCCUCUGCUACAUGCUACUUGGAAGCUAGCAUUUGCACUUUGCAGCUCUGAUGGGAAUGUGGCUUCUAAGUUUUCCUUGUUUAUACUUUUAACCUCCCCGAACCAGAUGUCACCUUCUCAAGUAGAAUAUCUAAUUCAGCUGUCUUCUAGGACCAGGUACAGAGUAGUUGCUCAUGGUAUUUGGUGAAUGGAAUGUAACCUCUCUGUGCCUGAAUGUCAUCUAUAAAAGAACAGAUCUUCAGAAAAGUCACAUGAAGAUCACAUGACAAGGAGGGUGCUUGGCACAGCGCUUACAUAGUCAGUACUCAACAAAUGAACCAGCAGUGAUUGAUCUUAGGGGUA